UCGGAGCGGGACGAGAAACCUCGAACGGGAUAGUUCAGCUAGCCGUAAUAAACGAUGAAGAGUAUUCUAUUGGUGUGUGCGUGCUCGUUGCUGAUCGGGGUCCAGGCCAUCGGCAGGUACAGAGGCCUCGAGUUUUUGGAUCCUUGCCCCAAGAGUGAUUACAACGUCGAGAGUUGCUUAGCAAGAUCAGCCAACGUCCUCACCGAGCACUUUCAACACGGUUUGCCUCAGUUGGGCUACCCGGAAGUGGAGCCGAUCAUUCUGGAUGAAUUACACAUCGCCCUUGGCGGAGGACCGGAUGGGUACAGAGCUCAGUUCAAGAACAUCACCGCGAAAGGAGUGUCGACGCUGCGAGUGACAGGGCUGAGGGCCAGGCUGUCGGACGACGAGGUGCAAUUGCAGUUGGCCCUGAGUAUUCCAAAAAUUCGCGCCGCGGCCAAGUACAGGUCCAGCGGCACUCUGCUUCUGGUGAAAGCCAGCGGAGCCGGGGACUACUGGGGCGAAUACGACGGUGUCAAGGCUAAGGUGUUUAUCAGGGCGAAGCCUUUUCUGAUCCAAGGCCGACGAUACUUGAGGCUACAGCAGCUUAAGAUGGACUUCAGCGUGCAAAGUAUUAAAAUGGGCGUCGAAAAUGUUCGCGACAGCAAUGCCAUUAUUCUGGCUGCGUUGAAUUUAUUCAUUAAUACCAACAGCCAGGAAUUAUUGAAGGAAAUGAAACCGGAUCUGAGGAGGAAGCUGGUUCAAGUAAUGACCACCUUCGUCGAGAAGAUCUUUGCUCAGGUGCCCUACGACGCUUGGAUCACCGAGUGAUCUAUACCAAAUGAUUUCCCACAGACGAAAUAAAGAUCACCAAAUACUUACGCCUCGAAAAUCGACAGGCUUAAAUAAGAGUGAAAGAUCGAACGGAAGUAUUCAGAUACUUUUUGGAGAACGCUGGAUCAAAUCUCGUUCACAGAAUGAAUCAGAAAUUAAUUUUUAAGUAACGUUAUUUAAACAUUUAUUUAAUCCUGUUGCAACUGGGAUAUAAGAGGAACGAUAGAAUGAAAUACGUUUUGCAAAUCAUGAAAAUUGUAAUCAAACGUAUUGAUAAUUAUAAUCGCGUUAUGAAAUGAAUCACAAGUUCCAAUUUCAACGUCGCAGAUCUCUAAAAUGUACUCUGAAAUUUCGUGUGCCUGACAAUGUGAGUGAUUGACAGUGUUCAGUUAAAUUGCAAUACCUAUUUGUGUUAGAUUACGUAUUCAUGUGUAACUCGACUAGUUCUUAUGACUAAUUGAAGAAGGAAGAUGAAGAGAGCUGAUUUUUAAAUUAUUUUAUAUUAUUUAAUAAUUUCUUAUUUAUUUCUUA